AUGUUAAAAAUCCUAAUUCCAACGUUCAUAUUAAUUCCACUCACCUGACUAUCUAAAAAACCAUGAAUUUGACUCAACUCCACCUCACACAGCCUAACCAUCAGCGUAAUUAGUCUAACUCUUCUUUACUAUAACACAGACCUCAGCCACAACUAUAACUCCUCAUUCUUCACAGACUCACUAUCCAGCCCACUAGUAGUAUUAUCCUGCUGACUACUACCACUCAUAAUAAUUGCUAGCCAAAACCAUUUAACCAAAGAAUCCACUAACCGAAAAAAAACCUAUUUGACCAUACUCAUCAUUCUCCAAUUAUCCCUAAUCAUAGCCUUCUCAUCAUCAGAACUAAUCAUAUUUUAUGUCCUAUUCGAAACUACUCUAAUUCCAACUCUAAUCGUCAUUACACGAUGAGGUAAUCAAAACGAGCGACUUAACGCAGGCCUAUAUUUCCUAUUUUAUACCCUAGCCGGAUCGCUGCCCCUCCUAGUAGCCCUCCUAUAUCUACACAACAACAUUGGAUCACUUCACAUACUAACUAUUUCCAUAAUAUCUACUUCCAUGUACCCCUCCUUAUCAAACUCAAUCCUAUGAUUUGCAUGUAUAACUGCAUUCAUAGUAAAAAUACCAUUAUAUGGCCUUCACCUAUGACUCCCCAAAGCACACGUCGAAGCUCCAAUCGCAGGAUCCAUAGUCCUAGCAGCUAUUCUCCUAAAACUAGGUGGCUAUGGCAUUAUACGAAUAACAAUCCUUACACAACCAAUUACCUCACACCUCUACUACCCCUUCAUCAUCCUAUCAAUAUGAGGAAUAAUCAUAACAAGUUCAAUCUGCCUACGUCAAACAGACCUAAAAUCCCUAAUCGCCUACUCCUCAGUAAGCCAUAUAGGCCUAGUAAUUAUUGCAGCCCUUAUACAAUCACCACUAAGCUUCAUAGGAGCAACAGCCCUAAUAAUCGCCCACGGACUAACCUCCUCUAUACUAUUCUGCCUAGCCAAUACAAACUACGAACGAAUUCAUAGUCGUACCAUAAUCCUAGCCCGAGGCCUACAAACUAUCUUGCCCCUAAUAUGUACAUGAUGACUCCUUGCAAGCCUAGCCAACCUUGCUCUUCCCCCCACAAUCAACCUCCUCGGAGAAUUAAUAGUUAUUGUAUCCUCCUUUUCAUGAUCCAACUUCUCCAUCAUCUUACUAGGACUCAACACAGCCAUCACAGCCCUCUACUCACUCCACAUACUAAUUACAUCACAACGAGGAAAAUUUACCCACCACUUACAUCCAAUCAAACCCUCAUUCACUCGAGAACAUAUCCUAAUAACCCUACACCUAAUCCCACUAUUAAUCAUCUCUGCCAACCCAAAGUUCAUUUUGGGAAUUACAUACU